GAACCGAUUUUGGAGGGGAAAGAGAGUGAAAAUUCCGCCAUUUUUGAAGCACUGGAGCGAGAACUUCCCAAGUUCUACCCUACCAAUUCUGGUUCCAACUUCCAAAGACUAAAAUUUAUCUGCAACCUAAAAUUUCUCUUGUUCGUUCUCUUCUUCGCAAUGGGAAUCGACUCAGAGAAGAAUUUCCAGCGCAAGCAGUGUUCCUAUCAAAUAUCGGAUGAGCAAUACAAUAUUCAGAACGAGACGUACAGGGGCCAGCUAUUUAGUCAUAUUUACUUUGCUCGACUCCACUUGAUGAGAACGAUUCUCUUAUCACUCGUCUCUAAGUGGAAACCUCAUUCACCAGUUUGUACUAUAAUAGAAUUGGAGGAAGGCAAGGAAUGCAUCAUCAUAGGAACCGUCUACAAGCAUAUGAAACUUAAACCUACCAUUCUGGAUGAGUAUUCAAAGGAGAGAUCUGCCACCCCACUUGUUAAGCCUCAUAACUUUAUGCACCCAGAUGAUCAACUAGUUUUGGAAGAUGAAGGUGGGAGAGUCAAGCUUUCUGGGGCCGUGCUACCUUCUGUAUAUGUUACAGGGAUUGUUGUUGCAUUGCAUGGAAAGGAAACUUGCGUCGGUGACUUUUUGGUUUUGGACAUCCUAGAAGCUGGCUUGCCACCGCAGAUAGAGCAGCCACUCAUAUCAAGAGAAGAUAAGUACGUGGUUUUUGUGUCAGGCCUAAGUAUUGGGAGCAGCAUCUCUAAUCCUCUUCAGUUUCAGCUCCUUGUUGAUCAUAUAACAGGACAUUUAGGGGAUGAGAAGGAACAAGGGAUUGCAGCUCAAAUAGUUCAUGUUGUCAUCUGUGGGAAUUCUGUUGAAAUUCCUUCUGCAGUUUUAAAUGGUCAGUAUUUAUCUACGAAGGACCAAACGAAGCUGAUAGAACCUCUUAAAGAGCUAGAUAUCCUAUUGAAUCAGCUUGCUGCAGGCGUACCUGUUGACAUCAUGCCAGGUUCCAGUGACCCAGCCACCUUUUCCUUGCCCCAGCAGCCUUUACACAAUUGCCUUUUUCCUGGAUCGUCAGCUUACAACACUCUUAGGGCUUGCUCUAACCCUCAUUGCUUUGAGCUCGAUAAUUUCAGGUUUCUUGGAACAUCGGGUCAGAACAUAGAUGAUCUUGAGAAGUACUCAGAGGCUAAAGAUAAGCUUGAAUUUAUGGAGAGGACACUGAGAUGGAGGCAUCUGGCACCAACUGCUCCAAAUACUCUUGGGUGUUAUCCUUUCACUGACCGAGAUCCUUUCCUGAUUGAGAGCUGUCCUCAUGUUUAUUUUGUUGGCAAUCAGGACAAGUUCGAUACUCGCUUAAUAAAGGGACCUGAAGGGCAGAUGGUAAGACUCAUUUCGAUUCCAAGAUUUUGUGAGAAGGGAACUGCCGUAAUGCUUAACUUGAGAAAUCUUGAAUGCCACACCCUGAGUUUUGGGACUGAAUUCAGCUGAUCAUAACGACAAAAGAAACGUUAAAGAGAUCGGUAAUCCAGUUUCGCGUUCGGUUAAUGUUGCUUUUUCAGGAGAGUGAGGAUCUCAAAGUACCUGCUUUUAAGAAAGUUUAGAGGUUUCCAGUGGAAUGCAGGAUCUUCUCCGUUUUCUUAAAAAGUAAACCAUCUUGGAGAAGAGCAAAUCAAGAGAAUGGUGUCAUUCCCCAAACAUAGGUGAAUUCUCAAAUUUCUCCCUCCCUCCCCCUCCUCCAUAAAAGCAUUUGCUUUUUCUUGGUUGUAACACACAUAUGGCUUGAAUGCUAAAUAUAUUAGUUUAAUGGUUGGCCAAAUGGUAUUGGAGCA